UGACCCUUCUUAGUACACGCCUGAAUUUUUGGAAAUGCAGCCUGAGUGGGGGGCAGGCAGAGGAUAAAAGACGGCUGGAGCCAGAGCCAGAGCCACGGGGCAGGGCGGCACAGGGCACGAGGAAGAGCCACCACAGAGCCACCACAGAGACACCAUGCUCCCUGCAAGGACUGUCCUGCUGCUCACCCUGCUCCUCACCCUCUCCCUGCACCACGCCACAGCCCACUUUGCACCGGUGGAAUGCUGCUUUAAGUAUGCACAGAAACGCAUCCGGCACCCUCAAAGCUUCUACGAGACAUCCAAAGACUGCCCCAAACGUGCAGUUGUAAUUGUGGCUGCUAAUGGUGAUCAGAUCUGUGCUGACCCCGAGAAGGACUGGGUGAAUAAAACAAUAAAACGGCUUCAAAAGCAAAAAUUAAACCCAUCCACCAUCUGACUUGCCCAUCCAGUCUUCCUGUCUCUCAAGGGAGCCAAAGUGCUGGCAGCUCCUCUCCAGCAGCUGCUGUGGCCGUGGGCACUGUCCCUGCAGGCAGAGCCCCCCUGGACCCCGGCAGGACCAGGUGUCACCGUGCCAUGGACCUGCCAGAGCCCGAGCUGCUCCUGCUGCCCCGCCAAGAUGUGCUUGUGAAACAAAUAUUUAUAAUAAAGACCCAUUGCCACAA